AACGUCACAUGUGUAUACAGAGGUAGCCUGUUGUUUUGAUAUUUAUUCUACUUGUUGCAUCGAUUGCCGACCGUAGUCUGCAAUAAUGCCUCGUGAAAGAAUUCUGUGCGUUUUCUCCGCCCUAGGAUUCGCUGCAUGUGCCUAUCAAUACACUGUGUUUGGUUUGGCUGACAAAGUAAGAAUGCCAGGGGCAGGAUGGUACGAAAAAUCAGCUGCCGAAGUCGCCAAGAAAUUUCCUCUUAAAAAUGACCCGAGCGAAGUUAUGGUUGGUACGGCUUGGGUUUUCACUUUCCUUCCCAACUUAUUGUCGACUUUAUAUUUGUUGACGGCUCAACGACAACGACGAAUAUUCCCGCAGGUUUUCUACAUUGUGUACUGUGUGAAUACACUUCUUACAUUAGCAUGGACUUUCACAUACGAACGUGGAUUACAUCUCAUGUCGACCAUGAUUGUUGGCAGCGUAUGUGUACUUGGUGCAAUACAACUUUACAUUGGCAUCAAACACUUUAAAGAAUUUCACAUCUCAGCUCCAGAGAAAUUUAAAUGGUGGCUGCAACGUGUUGUGCUGAACAGCGUCGCUCUCACGACCACGUGGUCGUUCGUAGCCUUGCCUUCCACCGUUAGUUAUCUUCUAAUCUACGAAAGAUCGAACCAAUCCGAAACCGCCAUUUUGAAAGGAUUGAUGAACGUGGAUACAGCGACAUCUAUCGGAUUGUGUUUGUUGGCGAUAGGACAGAUAACUUGGACAUUGCUUGAUUUUCUAAUUGUCCCUGCAUAUACUUCGAUAGUAACAUCAGUUUAUCCAGUGUUGGUAUUCGGGGGGUUCGGGCUUGCUUUGUCUAACUUUGAGCACGGUUUUAAUCGUCAUAAUAUCUUUUGUUUGGUUGUUGGAAUCGUUGCUUCGAUAUCGAUGAUCAAAAGGAAACGAAUCCAUGAGAAUUCGACUCCAAAACAAGAAUAGACGAAAAUAUACAAUAAUUGCUACUAUAUUAUUUAUACUGUAUAUCCUGGAAAACAUUCGUACAAACUAUUAUUUAUUCUAUUCUACAAGGGGAGCCAUGGUAAUUAAGCUAUAAUUGGUCUAAUACAACAAACUGCGCUAUACUUAUUGUCUCUUCAAAUGCUUUGCUCAAACUUCUGCGUAAAAUAAACAGAGUCUGCUGUAAUCCUA